AUGUCUCCAGAUAUACCGGCGAAUGUUCGUGCAAUUGUUACAGACGACCCUGUUGCACCCAUACAGGAACUGGAUACACGCGCUUUAGACCGAUAUCUUGAAAAAGAGAAAGAAGGGUAUGUGGAUUCUCCUAUAAAGGAUAAUGGAGUCGUUUUCCAAACACUUAGUACCAUGCCAAAAUGGAAAUCUGAUUAUCAAGAGAAACAAAAAUCUGUGUUUUCGAUAUUCCCGCGAUCAAGACAAUAUGAAUUAUGGUACACUCGUGAAAGACGAUUGAAAUAUCUUGAAAAACAGAAAGCAGCCAUUGUACCAUGUGGAAAAAGAAACAGUACUACCAACAGGACGGAUGACGAGCCGUGUGAUUUGUUACAACCACCAAUUUGGUGGAAAGAUAAAUCCAAAAAAUCAAGCAAGUUUCCAGUUGGAGAUAUAAACGACUACGCGUUCGAAAAAUUAAAAGAUCUCGAUCAUGAAAAUAUGAAAUUUAGCGAGAACCUCGAUAUGGAUCAUCCAAAAAAUUAUAUACCAGGUGUAAUCCAUCGAAUACAGGUUACUAUUUAUACAAGUUACUAUCUAUACAGAUUAAAUUUUGAACAGAAUCCAGAAGACCCGACUAUGAAGGACACUCUUGAUCGUGCAGAUGCUUUUGAACUCGUCCUAGAAAGAAACAAAACUUUGCCAGCGGAACCUGUUGACAUAAAUAUUUGUUAUUCUGAAAGACUUUUUAAAUUUGUUUUUCUAGCGCCGAUACUGGAUUGUUAUGAAGUAGAAAAAGAUGUAGAAGGUGAUAGUGAUAAACGAUGGCAGCCUGUUCAUGAAACUUUAGAACUUCUAAAAACGGAGUUUGAAAGAGACCAUGUACUACGAGAAUUAACCAGGCCGUUUUUACACGAUUUGCAUACGUGGUACUCGAAGAAUAAACCGACAAAGUUAAUCAUCCCCCUUAGACAUUCUGGAAAAAGACCAAUGCCCGAAUGGCGCUUUUCUCAUCUGUAAAUUGAUUAAAACUAAUAAAAUUAUUUCGAUAAAAGUUCAUUACAAAAUCCAAACUAAAUCUGUAAAGUUAUUAUACAGAAUGGUCUUACACGAUAUAAUCUGUUAUUCAUAAAUAGGUUAGAAUCAUACACAGAUUAAACUGAAAUGAAGUGUUAUCGGCUCAUAGUAAAUCAACGACGAUGUAAUUAUGAAAUGUGUUGCACAGAUGUUUCACAAUUUUUAGUUCUUAGUAGAAAACGUCAAUAGUUAAUUGCAACAAGACAAAUACAUAUAUUUUCAUUUUUC